GCUUAUUAAGAAAGCACUACAGAGGACUAACUUGGAUUACGAUGAAAAUAUAGAGAAAGAUAAAAGAAAGCUUAUUAAGAAAGCACCACAGAGGACUAACUUGGAUUACUAUGAAAAUAUAGAGAAAGAUAAGGAAAGUUUUUGAUCAUUCCUUUGAGUAUCUUUUCUUUGUUAGUGCUUAAUUUGUACUGCUACAUAUUACUAUCAAGGUGUGUUUGAGAAGAAUUAAUCUGGUUGAAUAGUAGAUUUGAGUGAUCUUUUUUUUGGAUGGGAGGGGGUUCUUCUACGGAGAAGAAGAAGAUUGCAUGGCCUAAAGAUGAUUUUAUUGAUUUGGUCCUCUCAUGGUCUAUCAAAGAUAUUUUUGAUGACACUCUAUAUCAACAUCAGCCAAGGGUCUUUCGAAAAUAGCCUCCCUACCUUCCAAGGUGGGGGUAAGGUCCGCGUACACUUUACCCUCCCCAGACCUCACGUUGUGGGAUCCAACUGGGUGGAGAAGAUUCCACAAUCAUUUGAAUCAGCAGAGCAUUACAUUGGCUCUUUCUUCUUCCCAUUACUUGAAGAAACACGAGCGGACAUUGCUUCUUCCUUGAAAGACAUAGUCAAAGCACCAUUUGCUGAAUUAAUCUCCUUUGAUGAAGUAGAGCCAAAUGGAGCUUUUGAUGUUAAGGUUGACUAUUGGAGGAAUAAAUGUAGUGAUGGUCGGGUGCCUUAUAGGACAUCGCCAGGAGAUAUUGUUGUUAUCUCGAAAGCUAAACCCGAAGCUGCUAAUGACCUGCAGCGAUCGGGAUAUUGGACAUUUGCGUCUGUUAUUGAUGCCAAUGAGAAUGAUGCAUUGGUUAAUUUUAAAGUCAGAGUUCCUCCAUAUAGCGGAAUUGUUAAGGGAAUGCGACAAUCGUGCCAUAUAGCGUUUUUGGUGAAUGUAAUGCCAAACAACAGAGUCUGGGACGCGUUGCGUAUGAGAAAGAAUUUGAAUAUGAUUGAGAAAGUCCUGCACCCUGUGCCCGAGAAACGGAUCGGACAGAAAUGUGAUGUUUGUUCCACAUCCAUUAAUGAUGAAUCAGUUGGAGCAGUUGCGUGUAAUCUGUUGUCCAAGUUGAACAAUUCGCAGGCUAGUGCAAUACUUACCUCUCUUGCCAACGUGAAGUGUCGCCACAAGGCUUCCGUUGAACUUAUUUAUGGUCCACCUGGUACAGGAAAGACUAGGACGCUAAGUGCAAUGCUCGUUACACUACUGCGAAUGAAGUGUAGAACCAUUACUUGUGCCCCAACGGACGUAGCUACAGCCCGAGUUGCUUCAAAGUUGGUUCAACUGGUUCAGGAGACGUAUAAGAAUGAAUUUGAUGGCUUUUGUCCUUUGGGUGAUAUUCUGUUGUUUGGGAAUAAUAACUGUGAUGAUGGUGAAGAUAUUGCGGAGAUUUCCCUCGAUUAUCGUGUUGGCAGGUUGGUGGAGUGCCUUGCACCAAUGACUGGUUGGAAUCACUGUGUAAGUUCUAUGAUUAAUUUUCUGGAGGAACUCAGUGAGCAAGAGGAAGCUCCGAAGGUAAAGGUGAAAAACAGCUCAUUGAUAGAUUUUUCCCAGUUUAGUUCGAUAGCUUCAUCUCUUCGGAAAUUUUUGCUUACAAUCUGUACCCAUGUACCUAUACGGUUUCUUCGAGGAGAAAACGUUGAAAGCAUAGUGCGCGCUCUCUCCCUACUUAAUUCUCAUGAGAGGAUGUUAUUUCAUAAGAAUGCUGCUUCUAAGUCCCUUGUUCUUCUAAAAGAUCUUCAGAAAUCUCUUGGGAAACUGGAUUUUCCUACUGCGACGAGAAAGGAUCGGAUAACGGAGUUCUGCAUCCAAAUGGCUUUCUCGGUUUUUUCUAGUGCUUCUACUUCAUAUAAGCUACAUUCAGUGGAUAUGGAACCAUUUGACUUAUUGGUUGUUGAUGAUGCCUGCCAGUUGAAGGAGUGUGAAGCGGUCAUACCUCUUCAACUUCGAGGUUUGAGGCACACUGUUCUGGCCGGAGGAGCGUGCCAAUUGUCAACAUUAGUGAAGAGUAGAAUUUCUCGUGAAGUUGGCUUCGGAAGGAGCUUGUUCGAAAGACUCAUUUCAUUAGGUCAUUCCAAGCACCUGCUUAACGUACAGUACAGAAUGCAUCCUUCCAUUAGCCAGUUCCCAAAUUCAAUUCUCUAUGGUAAACAGAUCCUCGAUGCCCCUGAUGUAAAGUGUAAAGCCUACGAGAAAAUAUAUCUUAAAGGACAGUGUUUUGCCCCCUACACCUUUAUAAAUGUACCAUGGGGAGAAGAGGAGCUGGAUAAUCUCGGGCACAGGCGAAAUUUGGUUGAGGUUGCUUUGGUAAUGCAGAUAGUGCAGAGCUUGUUCAAAGCUUGGAAUACGUCCAACAAGAAACUCAGCAUUGGUGUUAUAUCGCCUUAUGCUGCUCAAGUUUUGGCCAUACAAGAUAGACUUGGGCAGAAGUAUAAUAACCAUGCACAUUUCGAAGUUAACGUGAAGACAGUUGACAGGUUUCAGGGAGGGGAAAAUGAUAUUGUAAUAAUAUCUACAGUGAGGUCUAACAGGGAUGGCUCCAUUGGCUUCUUGUCUAGUCUUCAUUGGACUAAUGUUGCUUUGACCAGGGCUCGGCAUUGUCUCUGGAUAUUGGGCAAUGAGCAAAUGAUGCUUGAUAGCAAUACCAUCUGGGAAGCACUAGUUCUCGAUGCCAAGGAUCGUCUGUGCUUCUUUCAUGCAGACGACGAUACGGACAUGAGGAAAACACUUUUAGAUGUGAAGAAAGAACUUGAUCAAUUGGAUGAUUUUCUAAGUGGGGAUAGUAUUCUAUUCAAAGAACAAAGAUGGAAGGUAGUGUUCAGCGACAAUUUUAGAAAAUCAUUUCGUAAGUUGGCAUCCUCGUGCUUGAGAAAGUAUGUGUUAACUCUUCUGGUUAAGCUUGCUAGUGGAUGGCGUCCAAAGAGAAAUAAGGUGGAGUUAGUUUGUGAAAGCUCAACUCAAGUUGUAAAGCAGUUCAAGGUGGUUGAAGGGCGUUACAUCGUUUGUACUGUUGAUAUUCAGAAAGAGGAUUUUUAUACACAAGUUCUAAAGGUUUGGGAUAUUUUGCCUUUGGAGGAGGUUGCCGAGUUUUUGAAACGACUCGAUGCAAUAUAUUUAAUGUACACUAAAGAAUUCAUCAACCUCUGUAAGGAGAAGCAUUUUAAGGGGGAUUGGGAAGUCCCAAAGAGUUGGGAGAUUCAUCAUGAAAUUGUUCAGUAUAAAAAGGGUACUCAAAGAAGAUUGAGCCGUGACUCGAAUGGUGCACUCAAUGACGUUGGUUAUCUUGAAAAAUCAAGAGUGAGUGAAAGCUUCUUGUUGAUGAAGUUUUACUCCUUAUCAUCUGGUAUGGUCACUCAUUUGCUCUCCGAUCGAUACGGUGAAGAAGUAGAUAUCCCUUUUGAAGUUACUAAUGAAGAGAGGGAGAUAAUCCGUUUCAGUAAAAGUAGCUUCAUCCUUGGCCGCUCAGGCACCGGGAAAACUACCGUGUUGACAAUGAAGUUAUUCCAGAAGGAGCAACAUUACCAUAGUUCCGUUCACGGGCUAAGUGUAGCUGAGGGAAAUGAGAUAAGUCAAUCUGCGGGGGAGACAAGAAUUCGACUAUUCGAGGAAAAUGAAGAGGACCAAUGUCUCGGAGAGACUAGCAAGACUACUUUGCACCAGCUAUUUGUGACAGUUAGUCCUAAACUAUGUUAUGCUGUUAACAAGCAAGUUUCUCAGCUGAAAAGGUUUGCUCUUGGUGGAAGUUUCUGGGCCGAAAGCAGCUUUGAAACUGAUGAUUUGGAUGGAAUGACACACUUUAGGGACAUACCGAAUUCUUUUAUUGCCGUUCCAUACAAAAAAUAUCCUCUUGUGAUAACAUUCCAUAAAUUCUUAAUGAUGCUUGAUGGAACUAUAGGUUCUUCCUACUUCGAUAGAUUUAACUUGAAGUGGAAGCUUUCCAAGGACAAAAGCUUGAGGGCAGUUUCCCUAGAGACAUUCAUAAGAGAGAAGGAGAUCAACUAUGACCGCUUCUGUUGCUUGUAUUGGCCUCACUUUAGAAGUCAGUUGACCAAGAAUCUUGAUCCUUCAAGGGUCUUUACUGAAAUAAUGUCUCAUAUAAAAGGUGGGCUGCAUGCUGGGGAUUUUCUUGAUGGGAAGCUUAGCAGAGACGCUUAUGUUUCUAUGUCUGAACAUCGGGUCUCCAAUUUAAGUGAGGAAAAAAGAGAGGGAAUUUAUGAUAUUUUUCAAACUUAUGAAAAGAUGAAGAUGACGCGUGGUGAAUUUGAUCUAUCUGAUUUAGUUAAUGAUCUUCAUCUUCGACUAAAAUGUUGUCAUCUGGAUGGUGACAAAAUGGACUUCGUAUAUGUUGAUGAAGUUCAAGAUUUGACAAUGAGACAGAUCUCUCUUUUCAAAUACAUUUGCAGAAAUGUUGAUAAAGGAUUUGUUUUUUCUGGGGAUACGGCCCAGACGAUUGCCAGGGGGGUAGAUUUUCGUUUUGAAGACAUAAGAAAUCUAUUUUACACUGAGUUUGUCAUGAAAUCAAAGGGUGAUGCCAGAAGAAAAGAUAAAGGACACAUAUCUAGUGUUUUUCAGUUGCUUCAGAACUUCCGUACGCAUACUGGUGUACUUCAACUUGCUCAAAGUGUGAUCAAUCUACUUGCUCAUUAUUUCCCUCAGUCUGUAGAUGUCUUGAAACCUGAAACAAGUCUUGUAGAUGGUGCGGCUCCAGUUUUGCUCAAGCCGGGAGAUGAUGAAAAUGCUAUUAAAACUAUUUUUGGGAACAAGGGAAAUAACAGUGGAAAACUGGUAGGCUUUGGUGCGGAACAAGUAAUAUUAGUACGUGAUGAAUCUGCAAAAAAAGAAAUCACUCAUUAUGUUGGGCAGAGAGCGCUUGUUUUGACCAUAGUUGAGUGCAAAGGCCUGGAGUUCGAGGAUGUUCUCAUGUACAAUUUCUUUAGCUCAUCGCCACUUGGGAAUCAGUGGAGAGUCGUAUAUGAGUACAUGAAAGAGCAAAGUUUAGCCGAUUUGUCCUUCCCAAGUUUCUGUGAUGCGAGACAUAAUAUCUGGUGUUCUGAGCUAAAGCAACUUUACGUGGCUAUCACUCGAACGAGGCAAAGAUUGUGGAUCUGUGAAAGUGUAGAUGAGUUUUCCAGGCCUAUGUUUGACUACUGGAAAAUGUUGUCUCUUGUGGAAGUAAGGGAGGUCGAUGAUUUCAUUGCAGAUACAAUGCAAACUUUUAGCACUCCGGAUGAGUGGAAAUCAAGAGGAUUGAAGCUAUUUUGGGAGAAAAAUUAUAAGAUGGCGCUAAUGUGUUUCAAGAAAGCGGGAGAAACAAAUUGGGAGAGAAGGGCAAAGGCAGCUGGCCUCAGGGCAACUGUUGAACAAAUUCGUUAUACAGACCCCGAAAAGGCUCGUACCUGUCUUCUGGAGGCUGCUGAGAUAUUUUAUUCCAUUGGCCGGUUUGAGUCUGCAGCGGAGUGUUUUUAUGACUUGGAGGAUUAUCAGCGAGCAGGAAAUAUUUAUUUGCACAAGUGUGGUGCACUAUUAAAGGCUGCUGAAUGUUUCUUACUGGCCGGCCGCUACAAGCAAGCAGCACGAGUUUAUGCAAAAGGAAAUUAUUUCACAGAGUGCCUGUCAGCUUGUACCAAAGGAAAAUGUUACUACUUAGGUCUGGAAUAUAUCGAGGACUGGAAGCAGAAUGCCCUUCAGCGUACUAAUGCUGGGAAAACUGAUGAAAUUGGAAAGAAGUUCCUUGAGAAUUGUGCAUAUAAUUAUUUUGAGCUCAAGGACACAGCUUCCAUGAUGAAAUUUGUCAAAGCUUUCCCGUCGAUGGACAUGAAGCGAAAAUUCUUAAUGUCUCGAAAGUGCCUCGACGAGCUGCUUCUUUUAGAAGAAGAAUCAGGAAACUUUGCUGAAGCAGCGGAAAUAGCAUGGCUGAAUGGUGAUAUUCUUUGUGAAGCUGAUCUUCUCGGGAAGGGAGGGGAUUUCGAUAAGGCGUGCUCACUCGUCCUUUUAUAUGUGCUCUCUCACUCCUUAUGGAUGGACGGAAGCGAAGGUUGGCCUUUGAAAUCGUUCGUGCGAAAGGAUGAACUCCUAAAGAAGGCGACGUCGUUCGCGAAGCAUGGGUCAAAUUUUGAAACCAUGUGCACUGAGAUUAAAGUUUUAGCACGUGAGUCAGCUGACUGGUCCGACUUGAAGCAUAUAUUCAGUUCCUCUCAGAAAAGUAAAAGUUUCCUUGGUGAAAUGUUGUGCUGUAGAAAAAUCUUGGAUUUUCAUAUUCGAGUGGAUGUAAAGAAGUAUGUUUGGGAUGAUAAGUUAUUGGGCAAUCUACAUGAUUUGGAAGAACUGAUUUCGUGCUGCCAGGUUAGUGUUGGGACAAUGCUUCACUUUUGGAAUUCGUGGAAGAAGAAUGUCAUCGAUGUUCUUGAUUCUAUCCAGUGCCUCGGAGACGUAAAUUAUGGUGAAUUCAAGGAGAUUGGAGAAUUCUGCCUAAAAUACUUUGGCGCAAGGCAGCAGAUGAAUGGUCUCAACAUUACGUAUGUUCUGCUUCAUCCAGCAGCCGAAUGGGUCAAAAACAUUCAAAACUUUGUCAUUAAACGGAACAAACAGAUGGUUUUUGUUGAUGCUCGGCAUUUUAUUUCUGCUGCCCGGACUCAUUGGCAUACAGAAUUACUCGUAGUUGGUCUUAAAGUUCUCGAAACUCUUGCAUCCCUCUAUGAGUUGGCCGUAAAGUCAAUGCCUCUGUUUUGCCAGAGCAUGUGCCUACUAAAUGUGUACGAGAUCGCAAAGUUUUUGUUGGAUUCCGAACACCAUGAUGGGAGAAUACAUAACUUUCUGAUAUUGUCUGGAAAAUACUUUGAAAAGAUAUUUCCCCUCGAUCCCCGACAAUCAAUGGUGGACAGUAUGAUUGUUCUAAGGAGAACAAAGCUUUCAUGUGACGUACUUCAAGAAUUCAUUGUUCGAGACAUUGGCACCAGUGAUCUUCUUAGUUAUGGACAGAUUGGAAGGAUAGUGAUGAUAUGGCUUGCUUCUGGCAAUCUUUCCGAGGAGCUGUACAAGAAAGUUGUUGGAAGAAUCCCAUCGGAUGUUCCUUGGAAGUCAUUCUUUGAAACUCUCAAUUGCAUGAAACAGAGGGAAUGUAUGGAAGAUUUUGAGUCAGGCGAUUCUGUUGGAGGAAAAUUGUUGGAAUUUCAAGAAGUUCUAUCGAGCGACGGUAAUCUUGAAUGUUCUGAGGGAUCUUCAAACAAUGCGGCGGAAACUAUGGAGGUUACGUUAUUGCGGGAAUUUUGUGAUGCUUUGCAGGAUACCUUUAGCGCAAAUUGGAUGAAAAUAGAUGACUUUUUCUCCCCAGUGUGCUUCUUGUAUCUUCUUGAGCGCUUCCUGAUUUUGGUAUCUCAAUAUCGUGGAAUCUUCUUCACUGCAAAAUCUUCAUUUGUGGAGUGGCUGAUAUCUGAGCAAUUUGAAGCCCGAAAGACUUCCACACAUGCAAUUAACACACAGCUUCUAGAAGAAUUUUAUGAUUCCGUACUCGUGAUGGUGCAAGAAUUGAUUUAUGAUAAAGCAGGUACAGUUAAGUGGAUUGCACGAUCGAGAAUUAACAUUCAUGUGUACUAUAAGCAAAUGUUUUUGAGACUGGUUCUUGUCCUGUGCUUACUGUGUGUGAACUGUUGGAAAUACUAUGAUGUUCUUUUCAAAGUACUCAGUAUCGAUGAUGUUAGGAACCAGCUUCCGGAGGAACUUUAUGACAUUCUUCAGCGAGGAAUGGAGAUUAAUUACGUUCAGAUAAAUGAUUUUGGAGAAGCUUUUGAAAAGUGUGGAGAUUCUCUUUUGGUUGUCACCCUUGGUGAGAUUGUUACGGAAGUCGAGUGUCCCAAUGUUGUUUCGGUGCAGUUGGGAACAAACUGCAGCAGAGAAGAUAUCUUGAGUUUGUUGCUUCCACCUAGAACUGACAGUUCACUAGUUCAAACUGUCACUGUUCCGGAAGUCAUGUCUGAUCCAUCCGCGAAAAUUUCCGUAAUUUCUGGUGAUCAACCAAACAGUUUGGCAAUGCUACCUUCGGCAGUUACUUCCGUGUCAGAUCAACAGAUGAAUUGGGCCGUGUUUCAGGAAAUAUCGAAUGUCUUGAAGUCUAUUGGCAAUGAUGGCUGUGGAACCUCUGCACUUGACUUAACGGUUAAUCUGAAGGAGGAAAUGAAUGCUAAUAUGAACUUCUUGACGGGUGCAAUUAAUCUGUGCUCGGGGAAGAAACUUUAUGCUGGCGAGGACAUGAUGGAGGAAGCGUGUAAUAUGCUUCAGGAGCUGUUACAACUCAAUUCAUUAAUGAAUAAAAGCACUCUGGAACAAGAAAGCAUUGAACAAUUGCUAAAGAGCAUUCUGUCAAAAAAGCCCAAGCUAGAAGCUUUCUUGAAUCAGCUCAUCGUGCCUAAGGAUGUAAGUGUCGCGUUAGAGAACCAACGCGCGGAGAAACUUGAUGUAGCAUGUAAUGAAGUUGCUUUGACGGAUCUUCUUCCAUCUGUCAGUACUUUUGAGACCCGAGGCGGUGACCAGGGUGCUGGAAAGCAGGGAAAAGGAAAAGGGAAGUACAAGAAACGAAAAGGUAAAAGGAGGAAUUAAGUGAACAUGAAACCAUAGCGUAUAGUGAGCAUGAUAUGGCUUAUUACUGCACUUUUUGUGUAAUUUCUUUGUGUUGUGAAUAUAGUGAGUUGAAAUGAGUUUUGUCUGGUGUUUUAGAGGAAAUGUUAUGAGAUAUAGUCAAGUUAAAAGGGGUAAAAAAAGCCUACUUUGCAUUUUUUUUUUUUUUUGCUGUGAUUUAUACAGUGAGUUGAAACGAACUCUUUUCUCUUUGAGUGAUUCUAAGGAUGUGGUUGGUUAAAAAUUCCUAAAGUAA